CUUAAUAACAUUCCUCCAAUAUUGUUAGUAACUACUUCGUGGAGCUCGUUGUGGAAUUAACAUCUAUAAUUAUGUUUUUGCUUUGUGCGCACAAGAAGCGCUCAGGUGGCAUUUAAAAUCCACAAAAGAUUUUUUUUUUUCAACUUUCAUUUUCAGUCGAUCAGUUUUAUUACAUUUUAAACUGAAGAGAAUCUAAAUUCAAAGAGGAAAAAUAUAAAAAAUAACUACAAAAAAAAAACUGGAAGUCGGGAGCGCUCGCCUUCGUGCGGGAGAGAAAGGGGUUAAGGAGAGUUUCAGGAUGGAAGAGAAAGAUCAGAGCAGCAGAGAUGCAGGAGACGAAUCCAACAGAGCCAUCCUGCCGCUGCUCGAGCCUCCCGGAAACCUGCACCGGAUCACCAACUUCUACAUCGACAACAUUUUGCGCCCGGACUUCGGACGCAGGAAAGAAAGCGCCGCCGCAGUGAACGCGACCGAGCGCAGCGAUAUUAACGUGUCCGGGAGAGAGAACCGGUGUCCUUCAGAGCCGGAGACCGGCACAGACCGAGCAGGAUCACCGGGGUCGAGUGAAGGAGCAUCAAUCCCCGCCGUCAGCGGCUCGAAGCCCGGGGCCGAAAGCGGCGAGGAUCAAUGCGCAAACUCGCCUAAUAACAAGCCAAUGUUGUGGCCAGCCUGGGUUUACUGCACCAGAUACUCGGACAGACCCUCAUCAGGGCCCCGAUCGCGUAGACCAAAGAAAAAGACUGUGACUCGGGAGGAUAAGCGACCCCGCACGGCCUUCACGGCAGAACAGCUGCAACGGCUGAAGGCGGAGUUCCAGUCGAACCGGUACCUGACGGAGCAGAGGAGACAGAGCCUGGCCACCGAACUGCAGCUCAACGAGGCCCAGAUCAAAAUCUGGUUCCAGAACAAGAGGGCCAAAAUCAAGAAGGCGACGGGCGCCAAGAACACACUAGCGCUACACCUGAUGGCACAGGGGCUGUACAACCACUCCACCACCUCCACCAAUAACGACAAAUCAGACAGCGACUGAUCACAACGCGUCAUAACGCGCGCAUAGACCUGAACCAUGAGCGGCCUGGGUGCUCAGAGAAACCAGCGGAAACGGACUGGAUGAGCUUUUAUCACUCUGCAAUACCUUUACGUAGCCUUUCAUUUUAUGUGGUAUGAGUUUUAUUUUGGUUUUAAUUUUAUAAAAAAUAUUUUUAUUUGCAAACAUUAAGUCUGCUGUCCACACAGAUGAAGUAGCUACACUACACUACACUCUUAGAGAAAAGGGUACUACAUGGUACCAUUCCCUGGCCCUGUACUGGUGCCAUCAUGUUAUACACUGUUAGUACCUGUAGUGCGUCUCGUCCCUAAAAACGACAACCUCGCCACGGUCCAGUUGUGCAGCUGAAAUCGUUUGUUAAAGUUCACUCUUUCCACAGUCUCCAGGUGAAACCAUGUGGUGCACUUUAGUACCUUUUUUUCUCAGAGUGUUUACGAGUUCUUAUUUA